CUAAAAAAAAAUUAUUCAGUUGAAGUGAGAUUUCAUCUAAGUAACUACCAAAAUGAGUAUAUUCCUGAUUAUUCAUAUUUUUCUCUUAGCGUUGUAUGUGAAUGGUGAUGAAAAGUACACAACUAAGUACGACAACAUUGAUUAUGAAGAAAUUUUACACAGCGAGAGAUUAUUGAAAAAUUAUGUGAAUUGUCUGUUGGAUAAGGGACCUUGCUCUCCUGAUGGUAAAGAACUCAAAGGUGUUCUAAAUGAUGCAAUCAAAACAGAUUGUGCUAAAUGUAGUGAUCGUCAGAAAGAAAUAUCAAAGAAGAUCAUUCGUUUCCUAAUUGACAACCAUAGAGAUUGGUGGAUCCAAAUAUGUGAUAAAUAUGACCCAGAUCACAUUAUCG